ACCCUAAGAAAUCUAUUACAAACCUGAAUUUCUAUAAACCCUCCCCAACUGCUCUAUUACUUUUGAUUCAGUUUGCGUUUUUAAUUUUUGUGCUUAGGAUCACUUUGUCCUCUAACAACAUCAGGAAUCUCCAGAAGGGACAAGUGCUUGUUCUUCACAUCACCACCAGGAAAUCCCCAUUUGGUGAAGCUGAACAGAAAAGAGAAGAAAUGGGGUUAGGGCUGAGAGAGAUAAGGUGUAGUGGAGAGCCUCUCGUCGACAGUGAGAAUGGGGAGGAGUUGAUGAGGGUGCAGCCUGGUGUAGGCAUAGCCUUGGCCGAUCUUCCUUGCGAGUCCCCUGGCACACUUUAUAUCACUAACAAGCAAAUAAUUUGGGUGAAUGAUGUAGACAGGAGUAAAGGAUAUGCUGUUGAUUUUUUAUCUAUAUCUCUUCACGCCAUCUCCAGAGACCCUGACACUUACCCCCUUCAUUGU